AUGGCUACUGAGGUCGAACACCAGAUGGCUCUCGCCCCCAACGCCUCGACCCCCGGUUCUUCCACUCCUCUGGACACCUCUCCCACGUCCGCCGGCAAGAUGAACCAAACUCCUUCCCCCUCGGCCUCCACCCACAACGGCCAGGCCCCGUCAUCGCAAUCUAGGCGCCCGCCUCGCAAGAGCACCCUGACCCAGCAGCAAAAGAACCAAAAGAGACAACGCGCCACUCAGGACCAGCUGACGACUCUGGAGAUGGAAUUCAACAAGAACCCGACCCCUACUGCCACCGUUCGUGAGCGGAUAGCGGAAGAAAUCAACAUGACCGAAAGGUCCGUCCAGAUUUGGUUCCAGAACAGACGCGCCAAGAUUAAGCUUUUGGCGAAGAAAAGUCUUGAGACCGGAGAAGACAUUGAUUCCAUCCCCGAAUCCAUGCGAGCCUACCUCGCUAUGCAGGCAAUGGAGUCUGGCAAGGGUCUGGGCGGCCCCUUCCUCGGCCGAACCGGGCUUCUCCCAUAUGGCCACAGCAACAUGCUCAUCGGUGGUGAUCAGAGCGGCCAGGGCAAAGUUUUGAUUCAUCACCUCACCUGCCGCUCUCUGAGCAUCGGCAAGUGGACUCGCGUCGGACAGAACACGAUGGACCUCAUCAUCUUUUACUCCCCCGACAAGUGUACCAUGACAUACUACAUCAACAACGAACAAGCGGGCUACAAGAUUGAGUAUCCAUUUGCCUACAUCAAGAACAUUUUCCUCGAGAACCAGGAAGGUGACCCUAACAAGCCCGGCGGCAUCGUCAUCGAGCUGAACCGCCCUCCCAACUUCUUCAUGGACUCGUCCCCUCAGGCGAACGGGUUUUUCCAGUGCGGCGACUUCACCGAGGACCAACAGGCUUCUCAGUGCCUCGUCCAUCACCUCGGCGGAAACCCCAAGGUCCUCAGCGGCCAGCUGGCCAAGCUCGUGUCCCUUGAGGCCUUCAUGAACCGCAACAACCCUCACCCCUUCAUCGACCAGCAGCACGCCCUUUCUGUUUCGGCGCCCGUGUCGCCCACUGGACGUCCUUCGUCCCAGCCCAAUUUCGCUCAGCCGCACAUCGGCAUGUUCCAGGAGUCUUGGGGCAUCAACAGCAUGCACCCUGGCAUGCGUGGUCCCGGUCACAAGCGCCAGCGAAGUCGCUCCGUGCCCAUGGCCGUCGACUUCUCCAUGCUGCAGACACCCAUGCCCUCCUUCUACAUCCAGCAGCCGGGCGAGAUGGCUGCUCCCCAGACCCCCGGCCCCAACAUCUACGCUCCGAUUCCCCAGCAGCCGGGUGGUCUUGGCCCAAACUUGAGAAUCGACACGCAGGCUGGAUUCGGCUUGGACAUGAGACAGUACCCCAUGUCGGCAACAACCGCUUCACCCUCUGAGUUCCCGACGAGCCCCAACUUCUUUUCCCAGGGACCAGAGCCGAGCCCACUGCCGGCGUCAAGCUACAACACGCCGUAUGGCAGCGCUUUCCUCUCUCCGAUGGCGAACCCUUCACCAAACAUGAUCCCGCCAUCCGUGUCUCCUCUUUCAUUUGGAAGCCACCACGGGGAGCCGUCCAUCGUUGAGCAGUCGCCUCCGUUCUCCAUGCCUGGCAGAUCAGCCUCGGCCGACAUUUACCACCAAGGCGACAAUGGAUCGUGCGCCGUAUCCGACGAUGGCACUGGCCUGAACGAAAUGUACUCGAAGCACACCAUCAACCUGCCGAUGCACCCCCACUCACCAGCAUAUGGCGACCAGGGCCAGAACGACCUCGACAUGAACCAAUUGGUUCAGUUUGACCAUGUCGACCCCAACUCAAUGUCCCCCGAGUCGAUGCACCAGACGCCUCACUGA